AUGGCUAAGUACACAGAAUCAGCACCUGCCUUGCAAGUAGAGCCUUCCUUUCUUCAAGGUGAGAAUCUGAAUCAGCAGCCACAAAUACAGAGUCUGACAAAGGAGAAUCUUGACUUCGGAGACCAGGUCAUGCCUACUUUGGCCACACCCAUGAUGCCUGCACCCUGCUUACUUGAGCACUUUGCCCAGUUUCAUGGUGACCCUGCCAGUCUCUCAAGGUUUCUUGCUCAGCUGACUACCUACUUGAAUGCUCUUAAGAAGAAUAAUCCUGCAGAUGAUGACCAAGUCAAGCUCAUUUUUGACUAUAUAUCUCAGCAGAUAGAAAACUGUAGGGUCACAUCUGGACCAAACCAAAAUGCUAUGCUGAAACAAUAUGAGAACUUUGUUUUUGAGUUCCAACAGUCAUUUGGUAAACCUACAAAACAGGAACUGAACCCUCUGCUGAAUGCUCAAGUUGUCAAAAGGAAUACCUCUUCUCAGCAGGACACCACUACACCACACCUCCUAGCCUCAAAUCCGAGCUGUAAUGAAGCCGACCAGAGUGAUCUGUUCCAAGAGGGACUACCUGUUCCCAUGCUGGUUGAAGAAAGUGUCACUGAUAUGGACAACCUCCCAGAUCUUAUCACUCAGUGCAUUCAGCUGGAAAAGGAACGUAAUCACAGACCAGAGAUCUUACAGUCACAAACCCAGCAACCUAUGUUGGCUUCUUCGAUCCACCAUGAAGCCCUCUCUUGUUCUUUAAUUCCAUCAACCAAGGAAGAGCCUAUACAGCUGAGAGUAGGCCAGCUGCCUCUCACCCCAGCCAAACGUGCCCGCCAACAAGACACUCAGUUGUGUCUCUACUGCAGCCAGUCUGGUCACUUUACAAGAGAUUGCCUUGCCAAACGUUCCCGAGCCCCAGCAAGGACAAAUAACCCACCUUUCCAGUAA